UAUCUGACUCCUGUUUAGGCUGGAGAUAGUUGGAGUAGGGGUAGAUGUGGUAGAUAUCAACAGUUUAUCUGGGAUAUCAUGGAGAAACCAGAUACUUCCAUCGCAGCAAAGGUUGUAUCAAUGGUAUCUGUAAUAUUUGUGGUUGUUUCUACAAUUGCAAUGGUGAUCAACACACUACCAGACCUAGCUGGACCUCCAGAUGAGAAGGGUAACCCGACUGAUAACCCAACUUUAUCUAUCAUAGAGGCGAUCUGUAUCACAUGGUUCACACUUGAAUACAUUCUCAGAUUUAUGGGUGCUCCUGAGAAAUGUGCAUUUGUAAAAGAUGGGAUGAAUAUAGUUGAUGUUCUAGCAAUCCUUCCUUACUUUGUUACAGCUCUGAUCAUGGAGUCCAACAUUAUCCCGGAGGAUAAUGAAGAUUUUGAUGAUGUGCGGAGAAUAAUUUCUGUUUUCCGUAUUAUGAGGAUCAUGAGAAUAUUCAAACUAGCGAGACAUUCAACAGGACUCCAGUCUAUUGCAUACACAGUUACACAUAGUUACAAGGAACUCGCUCUGCUCGUUUUAUUCAUGGGGAUGGGAGUUCUCAUAUUCUCUAGUCUUUGCUACUUUGCAGAGAAAGAUGAACCGGAUUCAAAAUAUACGUCUAUCCCUGCAACCUUCUGGUGGGCCAUCAUAACCAUGUGUACAGUCGGAUACGGAGAUAUUUAUCCAACCACUGCUUUAGGAAAGCUGAUAGGUGUAUUUACUGCCAUAUCUGGUGUACUAGUAAUUGCUCUGCCUAUACCCAUCGUGGUCAACAACUUCGCCAAGUUCUACAACGAGACGAAAAAGAAGCAGGUUCAGCUGGCCAGGAAGGUGGAGAAGGAAAAGUGGAAGAUCCAGGAGGAGCAGGAGAGGAGAAGGUUCCUUAUCAGUAUCGGAGAAAUAAAAGAGUAAAUCCGUCCGUCCUCAUCUCAGAUUUAAUACAUACGAUACCAGAGUGAUCGUUGUUUUCCAUAAUAAUUACAAAAACGUAUACCAUCAAACAUUAAUGUCAAGGCCCAAAACUGUGCAAAUGACGAGGUAUACCAGGCAAAGUAAGAUUAUUUGCCUUAAACCCUCAUAUCUUUCUUAUCUUAGAUAUUUCAAACUAUGAAUUCUUCUUGAUAUAAUAACCAAAGAUCAAAAAACUCAUCGUAAAAUUUCUAAAUUUACAUGUAAGCGUUUUACUUUUGUUAAUUCCUUUGUUCAAAAUCAGCGACUUUAAAUAUUUUUUUAGUGUCGUGUAACAAAGAUAAAUGAAAUAAGACAAGACCAUCCAAGUGGAACUUACAGAAAAAUAUUUGAAUGAUAAUUAAUAAAUGUAUCCCACUCUGUGAUAAUCCAGUUAUUUAAAUCCUGUAAUUGUUUGAAACUUGACGGAAACUCCCGAGUUUCCUUUUUGGGAUUCAUCACAUUUGCGUAGAUUUUAAUUUCAGAAGUCUGAAAACAAAACAAAAAAUUUAAAGAAACUACAUAUUAUAAUAGUUUCGGCUCAGAGACGAAUGUACAGAAUUUUUACUUACUUUUUCCUUAUAUUCACGAUUCAAUAUAAUUAUAAUUUUUAAAAACAACCGUGUGUUAACAAAACUCAGCCCUACAACAUAUUCUAUAACAUGGUUUAAGUCUUAAAUGUAGCUAGGAAAACAAGCAUAAAAGAUGCCCAUCUCUAAUUAUAUAACUUUUCCGACAUUAUUUUAUCGUUUAUUAAAGUUUCCUCAGAGAUCAAUAUAAAAUUGUAAAUAAUUAAAAAUAAAAAUAUCAUAUUCUUUAA